AUGAUAGACAACGUCAUCGUCCAACAUGAUUUCCGGUACGUGAUACAAGACGUACAAAGGGGUGUGGUGGAGAAAGAAAGAUUCUGGGUCUAUAUCAAUGACGAGCGAGCUGAAUUUGAGUGUGCGGGCAGGGAGAUCGUUUCCCUGGGACCAUGGAAAUUCGAGGAAAACCACGGCGACAUCGUGCUGCGAAAUGAAGUCAAGAGCAUCAUAGUGAAACAGCCGUUGUCGGUCAUGAAUGCUGAUUAUGAGGUCAGCUCUCUGGCCGCCACAGACGAUGGCAAACGUGCUCUAGGUGGCACACAAGGACAGCUCGAGUUUAUAAAUUCCGACGGCAAGUGUGUUGAGGUGCACGACGCCCACUAUUCAGAUAUUCUGCACAUACAGUAUUUCCCAAGCAAGCAGGUGGCAAUGACAAUUGGCCUCGAUUACAGCAUCAAGAUCUGGUCUGUGCUGGACGGAAGCAACCCAAGAACGAUGCGCAAGCACACUGCAACGCUCACAGCCCUCGCUGCCAUAGGACGUGGAAGAAAUAUCGUAUCUGGAGCCCGCGAUGGUGCAGUUUACAUAUGGGAAUGUGCCAGUGGAGAAGCAGUGUGGGAGUUUCGGCGAGUGAAAAAUUUAACAGAUCCUGUCGUGGGACUCGCAGUGAUAGACAUCAAGGAGCCGGGGAACGAAGCUCAGCAGGUAUCAAAUUCCAUGUUCUACGAGACAGAAAACAAAAAAUUGCUGGUUGGCUACGAAAGCGGUGUGGUGGCAACGUACGAUUUGGAGACGCGUUGUUCUCUUGGUGAGUUUUCAGCGGGGGACAAAAUGUCUGCAUUUGCUGCUGAUAAGGACAUUUUGGUAACGGGCCAUUCCGACGGCACUAUAAGGUGUUUUCGAGGAUCUGAAACGAUAUGGUGGGAAUUGCAUGGCGACGAGGAAGUUCGCAAAAUACAGAUAUCAGACAACAAAAUUUACUGCCUGCAAAGACAGGUGGCCAUCAUCAACUUUGAUGGAAAAGUCGAAUCUAUAUUCAGCGACUACUACGGGCUGAACGAUUUCUGCGCAAUUCCUGGUAGCUUGUAUGUCGCCUGCAAGGACACCACUGUAAAGAAGAUCAGUGUGUGA